AAAAAUAAUUUCAAUUAGCUAUUCCUAAAAUGUUUUAGCACCGGUAUCACUGUAACAUUAUCUGAAGAUUGAAAAUUGAUAUCGAGGCGGGAUUUAUCUUGUGACAUGCAUGCAGUAAACUGAUACAGGUCAUUUAAAAUCCACCCUCUUGUGAGACAAAAUUUGAAGCAAAAAAGCACCAGAUUAGCUGUGAGCCUCUUGAUUUUAAGACAGACAUUAGUACUGGAUUGGACAAAGCUUUAGUGGUAUAGGAAUCUAGGACUUACACUAUGUCACGUCAACUAGCUGCUAGACAUCAAUUGUCCGCCAGGCAUUCACAUUCAUCAGCAGUUGUUGGAAACUCCUUAUAUAUAUGGGCUGGCAAAGAAGAUACAUCUAAUGAUGCCAGAAGUUUAAAACACUUCUCUAUUCUUUCUGGUGAAUGGUCCACAAAAGAAACGACUGGAGACCCUCCAUUAGCAGAUUCUGGUUACAGUUGCUCUGUAGUAGCUGACAGAAUAUACUACUUCGGUGGGCUGAGCACUGAAGAUUAUUCCUAUCACAAUAGCUUGUCAGAAUUAGAUACAAGUAAUCUCAGUUGGAAUUCCUUAGAAUCGACAAAUAAAGAUAGAGCUGUUAUGAGCAGAGCUUAUGGUGGAAUGAUAUCAUUUGAAAAUGAAGGGAUACAUCAUCUGCUGAUGAUAGGAGGGAGAGGGUCGAAUCCUGUUGUACCGGUACAAAAUGCCAAUUAUGCUAAUAUUGGAAGAAAUAAAUGGCGCACUAAUGAGCACUCAAUGUAUAAUUUAUCCACAAGAAGUUGGAGCAUACCUGAUGUUAUUGGGCAGUUUAUGCCACCUGCAAGUUUCUUUGUUAUGAAGAAAAUAGGCAACAAUAUGGCAGUUGUUUUUGGUGGAGCCACAGGCGAGAAUGAUGACAUAGUUUGCAGCAACAUUCUUUAUGUAAUAUACACAACAGUCAAUGCUGUGCUUUGGCAGAGAAUAGGACCUGAAGCAAUAGACUGUUGGCCUGAUGGAAGGUGGGGUCAUGCAGCCACUAUCAUCUCUAUUCAUGAUAAUCCUAUGCUUGUAAUAACUGGAGGAAGGGAUAACAAAAAUUGCAUAAAAGACGAAUUGUGGGUAUUCAAUUUCAAGCACACAUCAUGGAAGAAGAUGGCUGUGCCUUUGACAGUGAGCCAGAGAUGGUGUCAUUCUCUUUCUUCAUUUACUUCAACCCCUGGUGUUGUGGUGCUCUUAACAAUUGGUGGCUUAGUGAAUAUUACAAAAGAACUGCAGAGCUUUCUGAAAAUCACUAUGUCAACUGAGUUACUAGUUAAUGAUAUACAAUGGAGAGUAGGGGAUACUCUAGAUUUGAUUGACAUGAUUAGUGGCCAUUACAAAUGCAAAUACCAGCUAGAGAAUAAUACCGUAUCAUCAAGCCUUGAAGUUUCUUGUGAAAUUCUGAAACUUUUACAAAACAGGAGAGGCAGAAACAUUGACCCACAACUACAGCAUUAUAUUGAAAGGAUUAAUGCUGAUUUGCAGACCUCCAUUCAAGCAUGCAGAAAUCAAGCAGAAAGAAAUGUAACCAUAGAGGAGGAGUUGAAAAAUUUAGAAGAGGAGCUGGUAAAUGUACGGGAGGCACAUGAAGAGCAGUUAGAAGAGCAGGAAGAGCAGUUACAAGAAGAGAAAGAAAGUAUAACACAGAAAGCAAAAAAUAAAUUCCAAGAAAUGAGUUUGGUAAUAGAGGAAAAGGAUAUAGCUUUACAAGAAGCCCAAAGUUCACUAAACGAGAAGCGAAAAGAGCUUUAUGAAGUCAAAAGAGAGCUAACUGAUGUUAAGACAAAUCUCAGUAAAAAAGAUAUGAUGCUUCAGCAGUGCCAGCAUGACUUAAAUAAUUCUAAGCAAGAGAAUGUUGGGCAAGAAAGAGCACUAAAAAAUAUUGAAAGGCACAAGGCACAACUACAAGAAAUGCUAAGUCAAUCUCAAGAUGAAAAAGCACAGAAGCUACGAGAGUUUCAGCUUGAAAAGGCAACGCUGCAACAACGGUUACGUGAAUCUCAAGAAGAAGCUCGUAAAUAUCAAAAUGAAUGCAACCUUUUAUGUGAUGCUUGGCAAGUAGAUGAAAAGGAAGUUGUGAUUACAGAUGAAGAGUUAGGUCGAGGGUCAUAUGGUGUUGUCAUGGUUGGAAUAUUUCGAGGGUUAAAAGUAGCAGUUAAGUACCUUCACCCGGUGAUAGCCUCAUACUACAAUGAAGAGCGUUUCAUAAGAGAAAUGAAAAUGGCAUCACUACUGCGCCAUCCUAAUCUAGUCCAGUUUAUUGGUGCAACGUUAGGAGACAAUCCUCUCAUUUUGACAGAGCGCAUGACCACUAGCCUAUAUCAUGAAAAGAAAAAUGUUCAACUUGCAAGACCAUCUAUUCUCAGCAUUGCUAUACAGGUAGCUUUAGGCCUCAAUUAUCUUCACUUGCAGAAACCCAAUGCUCUUAUUCAUAGAGAUGUUAGCAGUCCUAAUAUACUCCUUGACAACAUAGGGCCAGCUAGAUACAGAGCCAAAGUUUCUGAUUAUGGCUCAUUUGCUAUGGCUGUAGAUUCUCAGACGGAACGUCCAGGAAGCAUAGCAUAUUCUGCACCAGAGGCUUUUAAUCCUAAUGAGCAUACACCAGCAAUGGAUGUCUAUAGCUUUUGCGUGCUACUAAUAGAAAUGAUUAUAAACAAGGCACCUGAAACAACUGUAAAAGAGAGGAGAGAGCAAGCCUCAAAAAUUGCAGGAUGGACAGUAAUGAAGAACCUAGUGCAAAGAGGCAUCAAUGAGAAAAAAGAAGUACGCCCAAAAAUGGCUGAAAUGAUCAAAGAAUUAAAGCAAAUGGAAAGUCAGCGACUACGAUAACUAUACUCUUUUUACAGCACAUAUUGCACAUUUGCUUCACACAUACAGCACCUUAUGUAUAAUUAGUUCAUGACAUUGUAUCACAAUUAUUACAAUUUAAUGUUUUAAUUGUAAUUUAACUGUACAAAACUUAUGUCAAUAAAGAGGG